AUGAAGCAAACCGGAACCCUUGUUGCCCUCGCCGGCCUGGUCUCCAUGGUCCACGGCCACGGUUUUGUCUCCUCCCCCAAGCCUCGUAUGCCCGGUGCGGCCAUGAAGGCUGCGUGCGGUAACCAGGUGGAGAUCAACCAGCAGUCCGACAACUACGGCAACAUCCAGGGUGAGCUUCAGGUCGCCAAGAGCCAGAGCGACUACAACGCCGGGGAGUGUGACAUCUGGCUCUGCAAGGGUUACAAGUUCGAAGACAACAAGGACAACGUCUACUCGUACACCGCCGGCCAGACCGUCGACUUCGUGGUUGACAUCCGUGCCCCUCACACCGGUGUGGCCAACGUCUCCAUCGUCGACACCGCUACCAACACUGUGAUUGGCAAUACUCUCAAGUCCUGGACCGACUACGCCUCGACCGCCACCGGUGUCUCCCAGGACGAGACCAACUUCAGCAUCACCAUCCCCGACAACCUUGGCAGCAAGUGCUCCGAGGCCGGUGCUUGUGUCAUCCAGUGGUACUGGUUUGCCGAGUCGAUUGACCAGACCUACGAGUCCUGCAUUGACUUCACUGUUGGCGGCUCCGGCUCUUCCAGCUCCGGCUCCAGCUCCGGCUCCAGCUCCGGCUCCAGCUCCGGCUCUAGCUCUGGCUCCAGCUCUGGCUCUUCGGCUGCAACCACUACUCCCAGCGUUGCUGUCACCACUCCCAGCACCGGAAACAACGUUGUCUCCACGCCUACUACUAUGGUCACCAGCGUGAAACCGACUGCCACCGCGGCCGCUGGCACCGGUAAUGGCGCUAGUUCGUCCACGUCUUUCCCCACCAGCGGCACUGCUGAGGAGCAGCUUAGCUACGUUGCUUCUGUUCUGAAGUCUCUGCUGCAGUAUAUUGCUUAG